AUGGCGUACAUUGAUGCCUGGCAGGCUCAAGCACUCGUCGAAGGACUGCUCAUGGGACCUGAAGACUCGCCUGUGAAGGUUCUAUGGGUUCUUCCUACAGAUCAACGUGGUAAUUUACCACCUGCAUUGCCGCCUUCUCUGGUUGUAAAGCCACCUAGCUCGUCGCUGUCGAACUUGGAAAUCCUGAGUCAUCCCGCUGUCAGACUGGUAGUUUCGCACUGUGGCAUGGUAUCGGCUCAAGAAGCACUUGUGAUGGGCAAGCCGUUGCUGUGUAUUCCCUUUUUGGUGGACCAACCGGACGUGGCGGCCCGUGUCGAGGAUUCCGGAGCGGGUAUUGCGCUGGACAAGAAUCUUCUCUCGGGCCCGUACGUACACGCCGCAGUCAGUGAGUUACUCACGAAUUCCUCGUAUACUAAUGCCGCAAGAAGAGUGGGCUCUUUACUGGAAAGAGCUGGUGGCACCACGCGAGCUAUUGACGUGAUCGAUGCUGCGCUACGAUUGGGAUUUGAUCAUUUGGCUACACUGAACCUGACAGCUCCAUGGCACAAGACCGCUCUACUUGACGUCUGGGCGGUCUACGCUGCUCUCAUCUGUCUACUGGCUGUUUUCGUACGCAUUCAGUGGCUUCUUCUCUACUUCUUGGUGUCCGAGAGCUUUAGUCUCCUCUCUAAUUUGAUCCUGGGGCCACCACUUCCUCCCUCGUCAAUGGCUGAAGGAUAUGACGAUGCAUACGAAGACGGUGAAGACGCUGAAGAAGAGAGUGACACGUCGCAGCCCGCAAGUUAG